AUGCCAUGGUGUCUUGAGGGACGUGUGGGCGUCGUGACUGGCGCUUCAUCUGCUAUUGGAAGACAAGUAGCUGCGCGAUUGUAUAAUGAACACCAUAUGCGACUGGCCUGCGUUUCCAGAAGGGAUUUAACUGCCCUCGUCCCUCCAGAGUGCACUUGUCUGAAGGCGGAUCUCCUGUCGUCAUCUGACGCUGAAGCCGUGAUGAAGUCUGUUCAGAGAGCACUUGGUCCCGUCUCCCUUCUUGUCAACUGCGCUGGUGUGACUCUGAACAAGAUUCACCUGCGCUGCACGGAUGACGAUUACGACGCAAUAAUGAAUGUUAAUCUUCGUGGUGCACUUAGCAUUACCCGCGCGGCGCUUCGUCACGGUGGAAUGUUAAGGGAGGGAGACGGUUGUGUUCUUCACGUCGGCUCUGUUGUGGGCAGCUUGGGCAACGAGGGCCAGGUGAUUUAUUCAGCAUCAAAGGCCGCCUUGAGUGGUGCUGUGAAGUCAUGGGCGCGGGAAUACGGUUUGAAGAACUUGCGUUUUAACGUGAUCGCCCCUGGUCUGAUUGAUGGCGAGGGGAUGGGAUUGGCGUUGUCUGAAGAGCAGCGCGAGUGGUGGCGCACGCGUUGCCCAAUGGGCCGUUUAGCUACUGUGGAGGAUGUUACUGAUGCCAUCAUUGGCGUUAGCUUGUGUCGUUUCAUCAGCGGCCAGACCAUUCAUGUGGACGGAGGUUUAUGCUGA